CUAUAGACAGUGAAGCAAUCGGCGGUUGAGCAAGAUGAACGUUUUGAAGGUGAUUAUACCAGUAAUGUGGGUGCUUCUUACAUCUACAGUCCAAGGCGACGAUCAUCAUAACGCCACAGAUAGGUUCCUCCCAGGGUUUGCAUACGAGAUGAUUGCAAACAAAUUGGAGUACCUACAGCACAAACUGCACGAAAUGGAAUCUACUAUAAAUGAGGAUCGCAAGUUCUUCGCUCGACAGAUUCAGUCAAAUAUGGCGCUCAUUGAGGCAGCGUACGCUAACCACGUAAAACUGAGGGAGGAGAUCCAACUGCUCGCGUCAAAGAAAGAUCUUGCACGAUUUGUGACUAUUUCCGGCGUGGAUCUUCAGAGCAUCUCGUUUGAAUCGUGCAAGGAAAUUCUAUCGAAGCGAUCGAGAAAAUACCAAUUACAGCUUAGCAAAAACGAUAAACCUUUCCCGGUAUAUUGCGAACAGACUGCUUUCGGAGGAGGUUGGUUAGUGUUCCAGUAUCGUUACGAUGGAUCGGUGGACUUUUUCCGCAACUGGGCCGAGUAUCGGCACGGGUUUGGCAGCAUGGAUGGAGAGUUUUGGCUUGGGCUGGAACGCUUGCAUCAGUUGACAUCAGCGAGAAAGUAUGAGUUGGUUGUAGAACUGAAAGACUUCGAUGGAAACUACAAAUAUGCACGGUAUAAUGAGUUUAUGAUCGGUAGUGAGGCAGAACAAUAUCCGCUAGCAAAGCUGGGAUCGUACACGGGAACGGCAGGAGACUCAUUGAUUGGCCACAAGGGCCACAAGUUUUCGACUAAGGAUCGGGACAAUGAUUUUGGAGGUGGAAACUGUGCUGCAUAUUGGGAGGGAGCUUGGUGGUACGACAAAUGUUUCAGCUCCACUCUGAAUGGACUUCGUAAAAACAAUGUGAGUGAAGGAACUAUGCUUUGGGGUGGCUACAAGCCAAAAUCUGGACUGGCAUACUCAAGAAUGAUGAUUCGUGAGACGUAACGGUGAUGAAUUAUAGUUUCCAUUAAAUAAACGCACUCGCACGCAUGA